GUGAACGAGCGCGCGAGCGAGCGGGUGAGAAACUGGCCUGUCACAUACAAGGCCGACGGGUGAUAUCGCCCUAAGCUUCCGCGCGCGCGCGCGCUUUGUUUGUUUAUGUUCUAGGGCAACUGUCUUCUGUUGUCACUGUGGGUGAGGCCUACGAAAGGAUUCUCCCAACUUACAACUUGCUAUUUGAAAAAAAAAGAUCGUUUUACGCGUUUUGGAUGACGAUAGAUUACAGAAGUUAUCCGAAUACACAGUGGUUGAAGUCUAGUGGUUGAUAACCCCGGGCUGAAACCAGUCUACCCAGGGGCCCUGGAGUCUCUCUAAGAAAACUGCUUUGGCCUCCAUUCCUUGGAAUUUAUGUUAUCUUCUCCCCACGCCCUUUGCUCAGACAGAUUCAGGAAAAAGUCUUCUGGAGGUCUCCCUACGACUCAAAGCUCAAAGAAACAAAAAAUAUUUUUUUCUGACAAGGCAUCUCGUUGGGCCACUUCAUCUGUGCUCUUCUAGUGUCAGACAGUGCUUCCUCCGUCUCAAACACCAGACAGAAACUCCAAAGAAAUAUUUAAACUUCUUUGCGGACAAGCAGUAAAAGUUGCCAUAUUCCUCAGAAGUGUACAUUUUCAAACAAUUCCUUUCCUCGCCAAAAUUCAAUUGUGACGUCAAUUUAAGUAUAAAGACCAUAGCAUCUGCAACUAAAAUGAAAACAACAUCAAAGUGAAUGAAUUUUGGCAGUGUGUGAGAAAAUGACUAUUCUUGACGUCAUGAUUCUAUGAUUUGGAUGCACGUAUACUGGACGUGACGUCACAGCCGUGGCGCCAUCUGUGGAGGACCAGAUGUAGGUCAGAGCACCAUGUCGUCAUGCGUCGUUGUGGCUUGGACCAAUCGCGGGGCUCGCAUUAUAAGCCACGCCUUCCUCGUCAACAUCGUCGUCUUCUUCAUCAUCUGGGGAUGUCUGCAGAGGCAUGUGGAUUGUCAGACACACCACUAUCCCAUGAGACAUCCUCACUGCAACAAUUUCUAUCGCCACGUCCCGGCAGCGGUCCUCGAGGGAGCGGGAGAUCACAGAAUCAGCCCGGGGGUUUGUGAUGUGACUUUGUCCACCCCAGGCCGAGCCGUGUGGAUGUUGAGGAUCGAGCGAGCGGUCAUCUUGGACUGCAGCGUCAAAGUCCAGGUCUUCGACACGCACAUGAGUCCAGCGAACGGCAAGCCUGUGCUGGUCCACGGCUGUGCCAGUGCUGACCCAGGCAUCCGGUACAUCAAUUCCUCCACGUUAACGGUCAGGCUACGUCACAGCAACGCCACAGACUACAGCUUCACCGUUGUGGUCACAGCCAGAAAAAUACGCACAAGACCGGAUGUGGCUUGUGGCGGCUUCCAGUGUGACAAUGGCGCGUGCGUGGCCAAAUCUCUGAUGUGUGACACGGUAGACAACUGUUUUGACUACAGUGAUGAGUCCUUUAACAGCAGCGCCCGCUGUAACGGUGGUUUUUGGCCUUUCAAGGGAGAAAACUGGGGCGUCCUGGCCAGCGUUCUUGGUGCGGGCGUGGUCCUCGGUGUUACAGCAGCCUGUUGUCGUCACAUCCGCCAGCGCAGACGCAGCUCACUGGACGACCUCUACGAUCUGAAUGAGGGUCCUUAUGUGCACAAAUACGCCUACCGCUACGCUGUUAUUCGACCCCCGAAGAAACCCAACAAGACGAAUGUUGUCUUGGGGAGAGAUGGUCACAUGCAUUACAACGCCACCCAUGUAUGACGGCGAGCAGUUGCGACACCUUGUUGUUUUUGCUGAAGUGCCUGUUUUGUUCACUUAACCCGAGACUACGCGGACCACGACAACUCUUGACGAAGACGCCAACAACUUUGUCGCCCUCCAUGAGUAUGAGACAGAGAUGUGCUUUCGUCUUAAAUGGACUCUCGUCAGGAAACUCCGAAAAGCCGAGGAAUCGUGUUCAAGUAGGGCGUCGGAGGCACGCCUGCGACCUCAUCAAUGACACGAUUCUCAUACCAGAUUUGAUUGGAGAAGCGAUACCUGAAGGCUUCU